CAAUGUUGAUGACGUCACGUGGGAACUGAAGCAAAAUGGCGGAUACGUUUGCGAAGUACCACUGUAAUUACUGCGAGGAGGAUGUCAACGGGCUGAGGGUGAGGUGUCUGGAGUGCGAGGACUUCGAUCUCUGUUUACAGUGCUUUUCCUGCGGUGCGGAAAUUGGCAAGCACAAGAGAAGCCACGGGUAUCAAUUUAUGGCCGGUGUUUUCCAGGACACAGGAAACUUUAGCAUUUUCCCUGGUCAAGGCCACUGGACAGCACGUGAGGAGGUCAGGCUAUUGGAUGCUAUUGAGCAGUAUGGCUAUGGCAACUGGGAGGACAUUGCCCGUCACAUUGAGACACGCACGCCUGAAGAUGCGAGGAACAAGUACAUCAGCAGUUACAUAGAAGGGAACAUAGGCCGUGUUUCCUGGAAGCCUGCCAUGGAGAGAUUACAGCUGCCCAUUGAACACACCACCACCGACACUGGCCCACUCUCCCCAACACUUGGCUCCUCCCUCCCCACACAGCCACUCUCUUCCGAGGAAAACACCAUUCUUGGAUACAUGCCUCACAGAGAUGACUUUGAGCGGGAGUGGGACAAUGAUGCUGAGACCACAAUUGCACCUCUAUUCAUACACCCUGUGGAUGAUGAGGAAGUAGACAUGGCACUCAAGUUAGCACAGGUGGACAUGUACAUGCGAAGACUGCGUGAACGUUCCCGAAGAAAAAGAGUUGUGAGAGACUUCCAGAUAGUGCCACAGUUCUUCAAGAAGGAGAAAGAGAAAGUACAAGUUCCCCCAAAAAAGAAGAGCAAAGAUGACAGAGACAGUUUAGCAGAAAAGUUACGGCCCGUCAGUCAGUUCCAGACAGCGAGUGAACACAACAACCUCAUAUCAUCAAUGGUGCGUGAGAGGGAACUCAGAACCAGAAUAAAGGAGUUGCUGAGGUAUAGAAGAAACGGAAUCAGGCACGUUGAAGAAUGCCAUGAGUUUGAGGUAGCCAGAGCGCGAAGAGACAAAAAGAAAGAGAACAAAAAGAAAGCAGCCAGCCUGCCUCAGACUCCAACGACUCAAAUGGACCUGUCCGCAAAGUCAAAAGAAAACGACGCAAGAAGUCCGAAAUGUUUAGCAGAAAAAAAAUUCACGCCUCUCGAUACUGGAGGUGGAAAAUGGCUCAGCGCGAGCUUGAGCGGCAGCGUGCUGAACGGGAGCGACGGCACGAACAACUGGGGGGGCGGGAGCAGCACAGCACAGGGGGGCCCGGGGGGGGCAGCCGGGGCGAGUGAUGACCCAGUCCCCAUCUCCUCACUCCCAGGAUACCAUCUCCUGUCCCAGAGGGAGAGGAAGCUGUGUUCUGCCACGAAUAUCAAACCAUCUCAGUACAUAGCUUACAAGGCAGUUUUACUGAAGGAUGAAGGUGACAAGCAGCAGUCUGGUGUGGGGCCGUCCACCCGGCGCGGGGCCUGUACUCCUCAGGGCCUCGAUUCACAGGCUCAGCGCAUGAUUACCAACUUCAUGACUCAAGCUGGAUGGAUCUCUUCGUUUACGUGACCAUCAGUGAACUAUGGGACCUGAACCUUGCAGUCCAAGUCUUGAUCGGGGGCGGUGGCACUCUGUCCCGCACCUGCAAGGCCGUCGCUGAGUACACAGGUCCCAUAUAAAAUAUUGUAUGCAUGGAAUGAGCUGCAGCAGAGGGACUACACUGCCUUUAGGGCUUUGUGUGUCUGGUCUGGUGCAGCUGCUAAUCUGUGAAGGGUUGCAAUUCACUAAGUGAAGUUGCAGUGAUUCUUUUCUACAAUAUUGUUCACCAUGAGGUGUUUUAGAAUAAGUCCUGAUUGUAAUUUUUAACAUGUGCAUUUGCGGAUAGAAGAUCCAUCGUGUUUGAGGACAUAUCAUGGGUAGUGUCCAGCCCUUGUGGUCCAGACUGACACUGCUGCAUCAUCUUGCUGCCCAUCUGUGGCAAGAGAGCCUUAAGUCCUUAUGAUAGUCAUAAGUAACAGUAAAACUUAGCUGCAAUAUUUGCAUAGAGCUUGUACUGGUGAUGGUUGUGUAGUUUUGUCAUUAUUCCCAUUUUGUUUUACUCCUCAUUAGUCUUCAUUCAGACACAAACCAUUUAGUAGCCUCUAUUUUAGGAUAUGCAACCGUUAACGAUUUGUUACUGUUGGUGUUUAAUGUAUGUGAAUCUUCAUGCAUACCAGCAUGUCCAAGCGUCAAUGUUGUGUAUUCCCUCACUUAAGCCGCAGGUUCUUGCUGCCCCGGAUAUUUGGAAAGGUUGUGCUGACACAGUGAGGUGGAUUCUAGGGGUGCAUCAUUCAGUUCCUGGGGCAGGGCAGGGAGACGGGGCAGGGCAGAUGUACAGGUGGGGGCCCAGAUUUGUACAAAAGUAUCUUUAAAUGUAUUAUUCAUGAUAUCUCUAGCUGUAAUUUUUUGGUAAAAUGGUAAAAGACUUUAACUAUAUUUAAGGAACUGCAUUUUCUUUUAAUUAUAUUUAAAGAGCUGCAUUUUGGAGACUGGAUUGUGUUUUAACUAGAGUUUAUCAUCAAGUGAUCUGAUUAGCAUCAAGUGGUAAAGACUUGCUAACAUGUCUGGUCAAGGUUGCAUUCAUAUUACGUGGCAUUAUCAAGGUCGUGCAGUACCUCUAGGAUGGUGUACUUAUACCAGAGGGUUCCAGAAAGUGUCAGUUGUAGGAAGUUAAUAAGAGGUGGCUGAUCACUGAUAAUGGGAAAAGCUGUUGUCUAUGCAAGGCCCCGAGACUCAAAGAUCAGGCUCAAAGUAAGUACUAGCAUAUUGAGGGUGACUUGGAUAUCAGUUAUCCAUCAUAACAAUGAUUUUAGAAAUUAUUUGCUUCAGGGAUCAUACUGUGCUAUACAUUGAUACGGGAAUUACAAUAUUUUAUUUACGAAAUAUUAAUAUAAAUUCCAUGAAAACAUGAUGCGACUUCUUUCUUUUUUUUAUCAAUGGGACGCUGUUUUCUUUUUCUUUUCUGAACCAGUAUGAAGCUCGGUUUCGUGUAAUCAUUGUAAUUAUUUUUUUAAUGACAGAAGAAAUAUCUUUUUUAUUGUAUAUUUAAGUAUAGUGUUUGUUACUAUUGAUGAGCAGAAACUUGACAUUGAAGCCUUGCGGUGAUGGCUACACCACAAGCUGGUCUCUCAGUACAACUAUCUACUUUGGCCUUGUGCUUUGUGAAUGUAAAGGUAUCAAAUGAUGCUUUAGUAUAAAAAAAAAAAAAAAUUAUUUGAAUGCAUUGUUUGAAGUAGUCAGUGCCACACCAUAACCUUAGACAUCACGUAUCUCAAAGUAAUAACAUAAAUCAACAUCAGACAUAGCAUUGUACUAGAGACUCCCCAUCAUCUCCACCAUCUUUCUACUUUGAGGUUUUAGCUGUUCAGUUUUGUGCUCAGAAUAUCUUCUAGUCAUGGUGAUAGCAAGGCCUCCAUUUUAUGCAUCUCAUUCAGGUUGUUCAUGUGGAGUGCUUCCUCCAGCUGUAGCCACCAACACACAGGGUGCACACCCAAGCCUUGGUGGGCGUUGUCGUGAGGAGCAGAAUCAAAGUCUGUCUUGUGUAAUGUAUUCGUGGAGGCUGAUGUCAGGCAAGCCACAAAGUUUCUAGUUGUGCAAUUUAAGAUGCAACAAGUAAGCAGUAGCAAGAGAAGUGCAGUAUUCACAAAUGUUUUUUCACUUGCUAUUAUUUGCCAUUUUUUAUUUACCUAUAAAGAUGAAAAUUAUUUUUUUUUUUAUUCAGCAGUAGGGUUAAUGGCAGAAUUUGGAUGAUUUUUGGCCACAGGCUAAUGGCAGAAAAAUGGACAGACAGCCUGUGGUGGGACUCAACCUUGUGACUGAGUUCACAUCUGUGUGCUGAUCAUAGUGCUUACCUGUUCUUACUACCAGGUGGAUGGACAGGUGUAUCUGUGGAGAUUGUUAUAUUUUAUUGACAAGAUUCUUUCAUACAUUUCUAUACUGCAGUAUACUCUACUGACCACUUUUCUUAUUUUUAUUGGAUAAAUUGUACCAUUAAUGAUUUGCAUGAUGAACAUAGGCCCGGGAUGUCAGGGCCAGUGUGUUGUGUGGACAAAAGUAAGGAGGGUGACUUUUGGACAUAAAGUGAAAGGAUCAAUAAAUAGAGGACCUGGAUUAAUUGUAGAGAAGGUUCAGUAUUACAGUGAGAGGAGAUGUGAUAAAGUCGAGGGAGACUGAAAACCUGGACAUGUGGUGAAGAGCUCCUUUGUCAAAUACUCUUAUUAUAAAUAUAUUUAAUGUAAAAUCA